UUCCCCACACUUUCACAUGCCGGUAGAAGCAGGAAGGUUGUUUUUUGAGUACAGCGUUCAAAGGCAUUCCUGGCAGCAGCGCACCCAUACAAAGAAGGGAGGAAGGAAGGAAGGAGUUCAAAUCAACGCGAGGGAAAAGGUGGAGAGAAACUGAGAAAGGCAGAGAAGCUUCUUCGCGCGCCCCUUUGAAAAGUGGGAUACGAUUCUAAAAGGCGAGAUUCUCUUCCUUAAGUACCUGAAAGCAAGAAAUUAGUGAAGACGUGGUGUGAAGAUCUGCAUUGCUCACAUCAUUACAAAAGGAAGUCUUUUACAUAGUUUCCUCCUCAGAAGACUUGUCCUGCUUCUGUAAAAGAUCAUGACACAUGCUUUCCCUUCUUAAACAUCCAUGGCGACAACGCAAACCUUGCCUCUAACCUGUAACGCCUCAAACCGCCUUGGUGACCUCUACCAUAUUCAACCUCAUCUCCGUGAGUACAGGUGCAGCAUGGGAAGUGUGGGAAGCCUGAUAGAGAGACCUGAAGUGUCACCGGAACACCUAAAGACCAGCAAAUCGGGGCCACAGGGUGCAUUCAGGCAACCGGAUGGCCUCCUUAAAAAGGGCUUCACCCAGAAAGAGCUCUUCCAGUACCUCAAUAUCAACAAGAAGGAGUCAAAGUCGAGCAAGAAAGUCAUCUCUGGCAUCUCGUCCUUUAAAAGGGAGCAUGGAAGUGAAGAGGGAGAGAACAUUUACACCAAGGUGUAUCAUAAAGAUGGAAAGGAGCUUGAUUUGAGCAAGAACUCUUUGCCAGUGGGGGGCAAGUUUGAAAAGUCUCGAUUUCGUCCAUCAGCUUUCAAGCCAGUCACUCCAAAGAACUUCAGUUCCAUGCAGAACUUGUAUCCUUCUAAAGUGGAAGAGCUUGAGAAUGGCCUUCCAAAUGGCUUUCACGUCUCUUAUGCCAAAGUGUCUCAGACUACAGCAGCAGCUGCCACAUCUACAUCCUCUUCAUCCCCUGCUAGAAAUGGCCCAGUCAGACCACCACCUCCCCGGACGCUUACCGAGGAUGAGGAGAACAUGUCUGACUCCGGCCACAACUCCUUGAAUAGUCUUCCUCCGUAUAAGCCACCUUUCAAAGCUCACCUGACUCAAAUCAGCGCCUCCAUGGGGCACAUCAACCAUAUUGGCUCUUUAGAUCGAAGUUCAGUGGGUUCUAGAAGUGGGGUCUCCACGGCCACGGACAUGUCAUGCCGCAGCAUGGCCACACUCAACCGGCUGCACUGCUACGGAGGAGAGGCACCACCUCCUUAUGAACUGUCUCCAUCUUUGGAAGAUGUGGUGCGUGAUUUGGAAGAUCGGCUGCAGGAGAAGGACAGCGAGCUGAAGCAGAUGCGCAGGAACUUGGAUGAGAGCGAGGACGCUAUUGCACAGGUCUUUGAAGGAAAGCAGCGAAUGUGGGAAAAAGAAAUGGAAGAACUGAAGAAACUGUAUUCUAGCAAGUUGCGCCAGAUUUCCCAGCAGGCCCAGCGCUCCCAUCGCAGCCUCCAACUACAGCUCUAUAAAGUACAGCAGGAGAAACGGCGCUUGCAGGAGAGUCUGACUGACUCCCAGCAGGAGUGUGAGAGGUUAAAAUCCCACCGCUGCUGUUCGCCAUCCCUCACCAGCACUUCAGCCACCACUGAGCAGCAGGCGCAGGAGAGCAAUAGUCUGGAGGAGACCAAAUGGGAAGUGUGCCAGAAAUCGGGGGAGAUUUCUCUUCUAAAGCAGCAGCUGCGAGAUGCCCAAGCAGAAAUGGCCCAAAAGCUGGGAGAGAUUUUCAACUUGAAGACUCAGCUGAGGGAAUCCCGGGGAGAACUGCGUGGCAAAGAGACUCAAAUAGGGCUACUACAGGAGACCCUGCAGCUGGAGUUGAAGAGGAGACAGCAGCAAGACUGCAAAGCAGCAGAAGAAGGCACAGACAAGGUCGACCACGGCAGCCAGCAGGAGCAGCAGGGCUCCACUGAGGAGAGGCUGAGAGCCGAGUUGAUGCUGGAGAGACGGCAGAAUGAGGCCCAGGCAGCCAUCUUUGAGUCGGAGCGUCACACCUGGCAGGAGGAGAAAGAGAAAGUGAUCCGCUAUCAGAAGGAGCUACAGGCCAGCUAUCUGGAGAUGUACCACCGAAACCAGGCACUUGAGAAGGAGCUACAGGAGGCCCGUGGUGGCAGCGGCGGCGGUGGCAGUGGCCGCAGCAGUACAGUGGAAGAUGGGGAUAAGCCACUUUCGAGUCUCCCUUGGAUUGAGAGGAUUGAGUCAUCAGAAAUAUGACUCCAUGUGGUAGAACAUGAAAGAGCAGGGCCAGAGUGGCUCCUAAUCGCAUAGACAAUAGGCCCCCUUUGGUAUGCACUGUGGCUACACUCUGUCAGCCAGCAGAGACCGCCAGCAUGUCAUAAUGCCACUUGCCCUUUAGUUUUUUUCAGAUUGUGGUCUGACUGGAUGUCGCACUCACAUGAAGUGGAAUGAAAGUUCUAAAGGCAGUUCCGCAAAGAGUUUGACGAUGCGUAAUCCUGUAAUGAACAGCUUAGUGAUUUUUACCUUUUUGACAGCAAUGGCCCUGUAUUCUGGUGAAAGUAACGAGGAUAUUAAUUUUGUGUAAAGAGAAGCCAAGCCAUUCCCAGGGCUGCUUGUGAUGGUUGGGAUAGGUUACAUAAUGACAGAUGUCACCUGCCAAGUUCACCUUAAGCCAUCUGACACCGUUUGAUACACCAGAUCAGCGUUGGCUGGAUAAACUUUUUUGGUGCCAAUAUGCCGCUGCUGCCUUUUGAUGGCUGCACUAGUCAAGAUCCACCUUUACAGCCCCAGCUCUUAUUUUAUUUACCUGUUCAGCCUACAGACCGUAAUGGAGAUUUCCAGCUGUAGUGUGCCAGCUUUAAUCAUAGUAUCAGUUACUCUGCAAGUUGUAUAUGCCAGAGGAUUCACGAUACAUUCAGCGUGAUCAAGCAAAUGCAAAACGUCAGGAGAAUUACAAGCCUGCUGUCUACUGGGAUGGAACCUUUUGACACUGCUGCCAAACAAUUUGUAAUUUCUCACAAAUGUCCAUGAGUGUCGCCAUGGCGAUGUAUCUUUAAUAUUUGACUCUUGUUGGUGUCUGCUGUAUGUGACUUUUUUUCCCUUGAGAAUGUUCAACUUGAUGUAUGCAGAUUGUGCUCUCAAACCUUCAAGGCAAAGUAUCAGUUUAUCAGCAGUGACGAUCGGCAAGUUCACUGCAGGCCCGUGUGACAGCUUGUAACCCAACCUCAUUUUCAUGUCCGCCACACCUUUCUAAAAACUAGAAACUCCUGCAUGCAAGGCUUGGAUUGAGUUACCUGUCACAGGCCUAGUGUGGGCGUUCAGGCCGAAAGCUGGGCUUUGCCUCGAUAACUUCUGUUUUAAGUUUUAUAGAAUAAUAUUCCAGCAGAUGUAUUCUUUCCAACUGAAACUGAAUAAAAUGGCUUGAAUAUUUUA